AUGCCUGCAGAUUUCAAUGGUUACUGGAAAAUGAUCAGCAAUGACAAUUUUGAGGAGUAUCUGAAAGCACUGGAUGUAAAUGUUGCUGUAAGAAAAAUAGCAAACUUGCUAAAACCUGACAAAGAAAUCCUUCAGAAUGGGGAUCAUAUGAUCAUUAAAACGCUAAGCACUUUUAGAAACUACAUCAUGGAAUUUGAUGUAGGGAAGGAGUUUGAGGAGGAUUUAGCUGGGGUGGAUGAUCGCAAAUGCAUGACCACAGUAUCCUGGGAGGGAGAUAAGCUUCUUUGUGUACAGAAAGGAGAAAAAGAAGAUCGUGGCUGGACUCAGUGGAUUGAAGGAGAUGAAAUGCACCUGGAAAUAAGAGUGUGUGGAGUCAAGUGUAAGCAGGUCUUUAAGAAGGUACAGUGA